GCAGCUGAGCCACGGCUCUGAGGAGCGUGAACCGUGGCCAUGAAGGAAGAGAAAGAUCACAGGCCUAAGGAGAAGCGAGUGACCCUGUUAACGCCUCAGGGUGCCACAGGCGGCAGCGUGGGAGCUACUGCCGAAGGCGCCAGAGGGGAAGAUAGGCACGAUCACAACAGAGACAGGAAAGACGCUUUGAGCAAGGUGGUAAUUCGAAGAUUGCCUCCCACUUUGACCAAGGAGCAGCUUCAGGAACAUCUUCAACCUAUGCCUGAGCAUGAUUAUUUUGAGUUUUUUGCUAAUGAUACUAGUCUGUAUCCUCAUAUGUUUGCCAGAGCAUAUAUCAACUUUAAAAACCAAGAAGACAUCCUUUUAUUCAGGGACCGAUUUGAUGGCUAUGUAUUCCUUGACAAUAAAGGUCAGGAAUAUCAUGCUAUAGUAGAAUUCGCACCGUUUCAAAAAGCUGCGAAAAAGAGGAUUAAGAAAAGAGAUACAAAAGUUGGGACUAUCGAU